AUGAAAUCAUCUGAUACCUUUCAACUUUUCCAAAAAAUAAAAAUGUCUGAGGGAAGAUUUCCAACUUAUCAUCAUUUACCCCCAGCGGCCCCAGCACCUCAAAGACAUCAUUUGGCAACUGCUGCAACACCUCCUGUUCCUCAUCCACUUACAUUCCAUCCUCCUGCAAUUUCUCAUCAGCUAUCUUCGUGGUUUACUAAACAAGAUAUGGCCGCUUACAGAAAUACACCAUAUGCUUCUUUGCACAAUAUUGCUGCAUUACAGAUGCACAAACCCCAACAUACUCCUGUAAUUGAUAGGUGGAUGGAUUCAAGAAAUAAUAUGCCGCCUCCAUCUAGACCUGAUCCACCAUCUCCUAGUCCAGCUCAUUCCGCAAAUGUAUCACCUAGUUUUUCAGCAUGUCGAACUGUUGAGAUUGAUCUUACUAAAUAUAAAAAAGAAUCUGAGCAAAUGUCCAUUGACUUGUCUUCAAAUAAUAAAAAUUAUGAAAGAUUUUGUUUUAAACGAGCAAGAGAUCAAGUAAAUGGUCAAAUAAAUUUAUCUGAAAUAGGAAAUAUUGAAGAGAAGGCAAUAAGUGUUAUAGCACCAAACCCUCAUAAAGUUAUUAAGUCUGAAAUCAGAUGUGAUGCCCCAGAUUAUAUGCAUAUUCAAAAAGUAAAAAAUGUUAAUAAUGACAGUUAUGAAAACAAAUGUAGUAAACAUGAUAUUAAGGUUACUUGGGAUGUGGUAGAUAGUCCUAUAAAAAUUGAAGUUGAAGAUACAAAUAAUGUUGAAAAAAUGUUGGAAAACAUAUUUCAAACUAAUGAGUCUGAAAAGCAAUCUGUUAUUAAAAUUAUAAAACCAAGAAAAUCACCAUCACCAUCAAUGAUGAGGGCAGAAUCUGUAGAAAAAAUACUUAAAUCACCAUCUCCUAUACCUAGAAUAGAACAUGAUAAAUCUGAGGAUUCUAUACCAUCUGAAAAUUCUUCAAAAAAAAUUCAUGACACACAUUCUCAAUUUCUUGAAGUAGAAAACAAAUUAGAAGAAUUAUUUGGUGGAGUCAUUACAUCAACUAGUAUACCUGAUCAACAAAUAGAGAUUGAUAAUAAAUCAAAACCAAUAAUUUCUACAAAAAGGCCUUAUAAUAAAAAUAAGAAACAAUUAAAAAAAGUAAAAAAAAACCUACCCAUAGCUGAAAAAUUGAAACCAGCUGUUGAACAACCUUUUAAAAAAUAUAAAGGCCCAUUGAUAAGAGUCAAUGGUGGUAAUAUAGAAAAUCCAAGAAGUUUUGUUAUAAUUAACCGAAAUGUUCAAGAUGACGAGGACUCAUUAGAUGGUCGAAAUAUUAAUCGAAAGACUUAUUCAUAUAAGUCUGGUGUUUGCAAUGGUGAAGAAAAACCUGAUGUGAGCAAUUUAGAAAGUAGUGAUUGGAAAUGUGUAUUCUGUUCUCGAGGAGCUCACGUAAGGGACAUUGGUUAUGAUCCUACUGGAGAUCUUUUUGGUCCUUAUUAUGUCAGUAUACCAAAGGUUGUAAAACCAAAUGAUAACCCUAAGCGAAAGAAAUCUAAGCAUAAUUUAAAUGAUAAUGAUACUUCAGAAACAUUUAUUGAGGUAUGGACUCAUGAAAAUUGUUUAGUUUGGGCGUCUGGUGUUUAUAUGGUUGGGGAUAAAAUUGUUGGGUUGGAAGAUAUUGUGAGAAUUGCAAAAAAUACUAUCUGUGUUUAUUGUGGUGCUAAUGGGGCUAGUAUUGGAUGUACAGCACGUCACUGCAAAUCAAGUAUACAUUAUAAUUGUGCAAUACAUGUUGGUUGGCUUCUAGAUAGCCAGAAUCAUAUGACUACAUGUAAUGUUCAUAGGAAUUCUCUCCUUGGAAGUAGUUGUCAUUAA